GGAAACGGUAAACAUCUGCUUCUUCUCGGGAGUCCCUGCUUUCUUUGUGACCGAAUUGCUGGUUAUGGAUCACAGGGUGAAGGAGGAAGCUGAAGAGAUACCGAAAAGAACGACGUUAUUUGCUGGUAGGAGGCUCAAAUCUACUGGCGAAGAAGACUUUACCCACGCUCCUAACCUUAACCCUUCUUCGGAAAACAAGAAAAAUGAUAGGAAGAAGGCUAAGGCGUCAACUGAGCGAAAACUGAAGCUAAAGAAGAGCCAUUCCGAGACCAUAAUCAAACCUGCAAUGUCAGAUUCUGGGGGCAUGAAAAUAAGUUCUAUGAAAAAUAACGCGAGUGAUGGAAGAUGCACCCCUGAAUUCAAGUCUCCAGCUAUGAUUUGUGCAGAGGAAAUUCAAUCAAACCUAGAACCUGAAUUUCCCAGUUUUGCAAAAUCUUUGGUUAGAUCACAUGUUAGAAGCUGUUUUUGGAUGGGGCUUCCUGGGGUGUUCUGUAAAAUGCAUUUACCUAGGAAGGAUACUACAAUUGCUUUGGAAGAUGAAGGUGGGCACCAAUAUUAUGUAAAAUACUAUGCUCAUAAAACGGGAUUGAGUGCAGGUUGGAGACAGUUUUGUAGUGCCAAUAAUUUGCUUGAGGGUGAUGUUUUGGUCUUCCAGUUAGUUGAGCCAACCAAGUUCAAGAUAUACACAAUAACGGCAAAUGAUUUGAAUGAAAUGGAUGGAGCUCUUGGCCUCCUCAAUUUGGAUGCUCAUACAGAGCAAAACGAUGCAGAAACUGGUCCAACGGACUAUAAAAGUACAAAGAGGAAACGCCCGAAAUCUCUUCCACUAGCUUCUUUUCAAAAGCAGAAAAAGAGGUCUGGCCUACAAAGAUUGGCUUGUGAUAUUGGGCAGCCAGCAGAGCUAUCUGAAAAUGAUAGUGAAGAAGUUGGUUCAGAAGUUUUGGAAGGUUUCAAGCGACCCCUGCGAACAAUUCAAUUCAAAGACGUAACAAGUUUUGAGAACGACGUAUUGGUUGAUGGCUUGGUUGUGGAUCCCGGGCUCUCGGAAGAUAUUCGCAAUACAUACUACCAGCUAUGCUGUAGUCAAAACGCUUUACUGCAUGAAAAUGUUAUCCAGGGUAUAAGUUUUAAAUUUAAAGUUGAAAUUAUUUCCGAAACCGUCAGAAUUGCUGAUGCCAUAAGAGCUUGCAAGCUCUCAACAUCUCGAGAUGAAUUUGAUAGUUGGGACAAGACCUUGAAAUCCUUUGAGAUGUUGGGCAUGAAUGUUGGAUUCUUACGAACUCGAGUACACCGGCUGGUAAACCUUGCAUUUGAAUCAGAAGGCGCAGCUGAGAUAAGGAGAAACAAUGAAGCUAAAACCGAAAGAGCUCAGGCUGAGAACGAGAUAAGAAACCUUGAAGCAAAACUCACUGAGCUGAAGGAUGCAUGCAAGACGUUCGGAUUUGAAAUCGAGAGUUUGCAAUCUAAAGUAGAAAGCAAUGAGCUGAUGUUUGAGGAAGAAGUUAAAGCUCCAUGGUGAGAUUGCUAUAAAGAUGUAUUCUUGCCCUUUAUGUAUGGGUACUCUGCGACUCUUUCAUUUGCUUGAGGCUUAAUUGCUUAUAACUUCCUUUGUUUCAAUGUUAAUGGGAGAAUUAUGAUCAGGUAAAAGAAUAUUAUUCUAAGAUGGUGCUUGAGGUUGGCAAUAUAGGAUCAACAAGAGACCAAGACCAGACCAGACGGGCGACACUCGGAGGCAAGUGCGCCCU